ACCACUUAGACAAGAAGAAGAAAAUAAACCUCAAAUCUUCGGAUGACAUGUGACAUAAUGCUAAACGAAAAUAUUUAUCAUUUAAAAUUUAAACAAUAAAAGUUUAUGGAAAAAUGAAAAAUUAAGAAAUGGAAACUAAUAGUACAAGUAAAAAUUUUACCAAAAGGCAGUUAAGGAAUCACUCUCCGUAUAAACGCCGGUAUUUUUAUCCCUAUAAUGGAAGAUUUAGGCCAGAAGAUGAUUAUGCGUUUAAAAAACAUUAUUAUCGACAAGAAAGAGGGUCCAAAAAAUAUAAAUGGAAAAGAAAGUCAAGGCCUUCAUCCCCCAUGGAAGGUAGUGAAGAGUAUAUGUCUCAGAAAAUACAAAAAACUAGUGCCAUCAUAAUGCGUCAUUUAUUAAGUCCAGACGAAAACAUUAUUCCACUUAAAAAGGAUGUAAAUAUGCCUAGAGAAGCUCCAAUUAAUGAACAUCCAAAAAUAUCCAAUGAAAGAAAAAGAUCUAGAAGCUUUGGUGUAGUUGAGUCAACAUUGUCCAAAGCUUCCAAUAUACAGUUCAUUGAAAACAUAUACAAUCAAACCCCUGAUACGAUUGACACAAGUGAUGGUAUAACUCAAAAGCCUGUCACCUAUAAUGUAGACGAAAUUCAUUGUAAAAUCAUGAACCAUUUAAGUAAUCUCAAUGAUCGAAGAAAGAAAACUUUGAUAAGUACCAGGACGUCUGUGUAUGACGAAGCCAUACAUCAAAUUCUUAAACAGAAGAGGCUUGAAGUAUCAAGGGCGUUGAGGAAUGUACAGAUGAAAACUCCGGAUGUAACAGAAUCAACGGAAUGGAUCAAUUCCAUCAUGCCAGAUAUGGGAAUUAAGAUUGAAGAUCUACCACAUGAGGUUCUUGAAGCUUUGCAGAACACUUUCAAUGUUUCAGAUGAAGAAGAUAAUGUAUCUAACGCUGAUGUUGUAGAAGUGCGACCGACGCCUAUAGACGACGUUGUCAUUAAAAUAGAAGAAGAAGACGAAAAUAUGGAAACAAGCGAAGUAAUCAGUAUUGAGUCUGAUAGUGAGGAGGUAGUGAAAAAUAAGGUAAUAAAAGUUGAACCCAACACAGAAAUUGAUGAAAUAUCAACAGCUGAAAUAGCCAAGGUUCAAUCUAAUAUUGAAAAUGCUGAAAUGCCAACAGAAAUGAUCUCGAAUAAUGUACCUUACCAAGUUUUUUGUAAAGAACAAGAACCAUCUCAUCAUGAGCUAGUGUUACCUGAAAAAUCCCAAGAAAUCUUAGUUCAGAAUAAUGCUCGUCAAGAUAUUCUACAAGCCGGUAUUAAUUUACCACAAAAAGUACCUUACCAAGUUUCUUGUAAAGAACAAGAACCAUCUCACCAUGAGCAAAUGUUACCUGAAAAAUCGCAAGAAAUCUUAGUUCAAAAUAUUGCUGAUCAAGGUGUGGUGCAAGACGGUACUACUUUACCACGAAAAAUGUGUAACGCCGCAACGCAGACGCAAGUGCUUACAAUCGACAAAUUUAUUAAACACAGAUUUAAAAAUCCCCCAAAAACUUUAGCUGGUGCUACAAGAAGGAUGCUAAUAAUAGAUAAAUACAUUGCUAAGUUAACUGAGUACCGGCAAAAUUUAUUUACUACAUUAUCUCCUAAGAAAAUUGCGAGGAAACUUAAUGGGAGAUUGAUACACAAAAAAGGAAAAUCUACGAAUACAGCAAGAAAUAUGGACACCUCAUCGUUACAAGAACCAGGGAAGCAGAAACUUACAAAUGUAGCUGACACUCUACAACAGACGGAUGAGCAGUUUUUUUCUAAAGAAACUUUAAAUUCUUAUCAGAAAUCAGCAGAGCAGUGCCUUCUAGAUUUUGGAGGUAUUUCCGAAAAGAUGUUGGUCUUAAAGGUGUGUGAGGAUAAAUUGGUAGCUGGAGCAGAGAGCGGAAAAGUGUUCUUUUUUAAUCUAAAAGACAGUAAAUGUACAAAUGUUUUAGAAGUUACCACAGUGCCAAUCACUUGUUUACACUACACAAAAGACGCCAAUGGAAAACCAUAUUUGUUUAUAGGGCAUUACGGAUCUUCCUUAAAAGUGUAUAACUUUUAUAGUACCUCCCUUCUAUGUGAUAUUCAGCUAGAUGACAGCAUUCAAUGUAUAGACGAGAACUGGGGAUACUUGUUUCUCGGAUGUUUGAGGAGUACGAUUGCACGGUACUCCAUGAAGAAAAACAAUUUGGAAUAUGAAGAAAUAUUUGACGGUUAUCCAGUAUUUGCGCUAUGGGCCACCCAAGAAGGAGCUAGAAUGGUUCUACUGGUAGGAUCUCGCAAUUCUGCAGUCGUAAUAAGAGAUGCCAUGAGCGGCCUUCAUCUGCGAACUAUGGAGAACAUAAUAGCCCCCACAGUAUAUUCUAUGAUUAUGGAAAGAAAUUUGGUGUUCUGUGGCACUACCUCGCAUAACAUUUUAGUCUUCAAUUUUCACAACGGCAAGUUGUUGCAUACCUACAACGCUACGAAUUCCAAAGGUAUCCGCUGUAUGAAAAUAGUCGGAAGAUGUCUAUUUGCCAGUUGUUAUAAUGGAAAAGUUUAUGUGUUCAACUUAGAAGAUAAUCGUCAUAUAGCCACCUUGGAAGGUCCUGGAGGUAUAAUAAUUUCCAUGGAAGUACUAUCAAAUCAGGUCAUCAUGGGUACAAUGUCCUGUAAGUUUUCAUCCAUACUGAUCCCAGAACAUAUUUUAAGGUAUCUAUAGUUAUAAUUAUUUUAAAGUUGUACAUAAGAGUUGUAAAUAUUAUAAGAUUUUUAUCAUUUUAUAAUUAUGUAAAUAUUUAAGUUCCAAAUUUUAAAAUAAAGAUCUGUUUUUACUAAA